AUGGAAAUUUUUGAUGAAUUGCUAAUAUCAGUUUAUUACUUUUUGUUAAAAAGUGGUUUUACUAAGACGGCUAAAACUUUUGUUAAAGAAACCGGAAAAAAAGAACUUUUUCUACAAGAAAAAGAAAUAAAAUCAUUAAUUGAAGUAUAUAAUUUGUACAAUAAGAAAAAAAAUGAAGGAAAACAUUUAUUUUCAGAAAAACUUUUUAAAGAAAAAAAAGAAAAAUUACCAAAAAAUGAACAAACGAAAGAAAAUAAUGAAGUUAAAAAAAGGAAAAAAACUCUUUUGGAUCAAGAAAUAUUUAUAAAAAAGUCUAAAAAACAAAAAAAUGAAACAAAAAAAGAAUAUUCAGAAAAUGAAACACAAACAAAAAUAUUAAAUACAAAUUAUUCUGAUAAGGAAAAUGAAAAGGAAAAUGAAAUUGCUUUUGAAAAUAUACCAGAUAUCCAAUUGGACAAAAAAGAAGUAACAGAUAAUUUAGGUUCUAAGAAAGUAUAUAAUGGAAAAAAUUUAGAAGAAAAAAAAGAUGUAAAAGAAAAACCAAAGAAAAAAUCAUCUUUUUCAAGAAUUGAUAUAUCAAAAGUAGAGUUUGCUCAUAAUUCUCUUAAGGACAACAGUUAUGCUAUUGCAUACAAAGGAGAACAAGACGAAUAUGGAACAAAGGCAAAUAGAGAUCUAAUAUUUACUAAAGGAAAAGAAUUUAGAGCAGAAAAGAGUAAAAAAAAAAAAGGAAGUUAUCAUGGUGGAAAAAUUAAUACUAACAUUUCACGAAGUUUUAAAUUUACGUAA